ACAUAAUGUGUGGACAGAAUUAUUUUUGAACAUCAGACGGCGUUCGCGUGGUGGUUUGGAGUUGUCGUGUCUUGUUCGGCGUUCACAGACUAUCUGCUAUGGUAUUGCAUCUCGCAUAGGGUCCCGAGAGCUAGGGAGCCUGCUGCGCGCGUGUGGCAAUAUUUUCUCCAGAGACAGCGCUGAAGCCGUCGAUGGAACAGACAUCGCUGCUGCAAGAUAAAUUUGGACGGAGAGCUAAACAAUUCUCACAGUACGAAAUACCCUUGUGCUAAGUCGAGUAGUGUCCGGACAAUCUAAACCAUCUUGACCACAGGCGUUGGUGCUUCCGCUCUUCAGCGUUGGACGACGCUAUCUCUGCCGUCACUGGUCUCGACGUGAGACACAAGUGCGCUCUGCGUCAGCUGCCCUAGUCCAGGUAGCUCGCUAGCUGAGCAAAGCAGUUUCUGCGAGAGUGCUCGUUCUGAUCUCUGUCCUGGCGGGGUAGUGGACAGUGGAACUGUUGCUGGCGGGAUGGCGUUGGAAGGGUAUGUCACCGUGCAGGUGAUUUUCAAUGGGAAAGAGCAUAUGAUGGCAGUCAAUCCGAUAACAUCGUUUGAUGAGUUCACGCGCGAUGUCCGCACCAUGUGUCGACUGGACAAGGACAAGGACAUGACAGUGAAGUGGGUCGACGAGGAAGGUGACCCAUGCACCGUGGAAUCUCAGUCGGAACUUGAGGAGUUGAUCCGUCUCUACUUUUCUCACAAUGUCAUCGAGAUCAACAUGUUUGUAUUUGAUACAGUGCCGACAGCUCCAGGAAUGGCCUGCGAUGGAGAGCACCGUGUUGCAUACGGUCGUCGCGGUGCCAGACGCUGGAAGAAGCUGCAUCGUGUCAAUGGACAUGCGUUCGCAGCAAAGCGUACCUAUACUCAGUUUUGUGCAUUGUGCAACGAUCGGAUAUGGGGACUUGGCAGACAGGGUUACAAGUGUAUGAACUGCAAGCUGGUGGUUCACAAGAAAUGCUACAAGUUUGUGCACAACAUUUGCGAAGGGCAUGCGCCAUACCUACAUGGUCAUCAGAGUGACAGUGAUGAGGAGAACUCGCGCAAGGAGGCUGCUGCUAAGCCAUCCAGUGCCAGCAAGAGAUCUAAUGAUGGACCUGCACCGUCACCCAUGGAGAACAGCUCGGUGAUCUCGCUGGCUGACUUUGACAUCGUCCGAGUCAUUGGCCGCGGCAGCUAUGCCAAAGUGUUGCUGGUCGAGCUGAAGUCAACGAAUCGUCUGUACGCCAUGAAGACAAUUAAAAAGGAGCUGAUCACCGAUGAUGAGGAUAUCGACUGGGUUCAGACUGAAAAGCACGUGUUUGAGCAGUCGAGCAACCAUCCCUUCCUCGUCGGCCUGCAUUCCUGCUUCCAGACUGCUAGUCGGUUGUUCUUUGUGAUUGAGUAUGUCAACGGUGGCGACCUCAUGUUCCACAUGCAACGGCAACGGCGACUACCUGAGGACCAUGCAAGGUUCUACGCUGCUGAAAUCUCCCUGGCGCUCAACUACCUGCACGAGAAAGGUAUUAUUUAUCGCGAUCUGAAGCUGGACAAUGUUUUACUGGAUUCCGAGGGCCACGUCAAGCUGACUGACUAUGGCAUGUGUAAAGAGGGGCUGCGUCCCGGUGAUACCACCAGCACGUUCUGCGGAACACCAAACUACAUCGCACCGGAAAUCCUGCGCGGAGAAGAGUACGAUUGGAGUGUAGACUGGUGGGCACUGGGCGUGCUGAUGUUUGAAAUGCUUGCCGGCCGCUCGCCGUUUGACGUCGUUUCCGGCAACGAUCACGGGGAGCAGAGUACGGAGGACUACCUCUUCCAAGUGAUCUUGGAGAAGACUAUUCGAAUUCCCAGGAACAUCUCGGUGAGGGCUGGCAACGUCUUGAAGUCCUUCCUGGAAAAGAAUCCAAAGGAACGCUUGGGCUGCAACCCUACGACUGGCUACAGCGACAUAACCAGUCACAUCUUCUUCAGAAACGUCGACUGGGAAUUGAUGGAGAAUCGCCAGUUUCCACCUCCGUACAAGCCCCCGCUAACAGAUGAGCGCGACCUUGCCAACUUUGACCCUCAGUUCACAACGGAGCCACUGGAGUUCACGCCGGAUGACCCGAAAACACUGGCCAGCAUUGAUCAAUCCGAGUUUGAAGGGUUCGAGUACGUCAACCCGCUGCUCAUGUCCAAGGCCGACGACGUCUGAGCAGGUUGUGAGCGGCUGGCGUUCUUGAAUUUCCGGUGUGAGCAGAUUGUGAGCUUUGCUGGAUUUCUGGACGUCUGAGCAGGUUGUGAGCGGCUGGCGUUCUUGAAUUUCUUCACGAUCGAGAAAGGCAAACGGAGCUCAGUGAGUUUUCGCGGCACCGCGCUGGUUGCGCGCGUGUCGUCGGCUUGCGCUGUUGAAUGCACGAAACUACCCCGGACUAGCUAGCUGUGUAUGUGUUCAGUUUUGUGUCCAUCUCGACGUACCCUGCUGCUGCGAGUUGGUCUGAAUUCUAAAACGAUGCUUCAAACUUGCCUCCGUUCUUUUUCAUGGUAUGAUUAAUUUACUGGACCAGACUUUCUGACAUAAAUAGACCCAUACUGCUCUAUGCGCGCUUCUUCUGCCUUUGUACUUUAUUCCUGACGCGUAGACACAGAAUUAUGAUUGUUGUAGACGUGCUCUGCAUUUUGAAUUGGCGUAUUACGUGUACUAUUUGCAUGCCGAAAAUAUAUUGAUAGUUACUUUUUAUUUGUGCGUACACUAUAUACAUGCGGCAUGCUUGUGAACUGCAAUGCGUGAACAUGAUGUAGACGAAGCCCGUCUUCAGUUGAA